AUGCCCUCCUCCAGGCCAAAGUCAGUUCUCUUCGCCUCGCCCACGAGUUCUCCCAGCGUGUCGACACCGCCAUCUACAGCCUCCACAGCCUCGACGGCCUCGGUUGCACGGCCUCGAACCAAUAGCUCUUUUGGUACCAAUAGCUCUUUUGGUACAGCCAUUGCCCCGGCCGGCAUAGUAGCAAGACACCAUCGAACCGACUCAAGGGCUGGGACGAGCUCGAACACAAACACAUUUGCCCCCUCCUUCAUCAAAGAAGAGGAAGAUUUGAGACGAGACCAGGAUGCUGUCAAAAGCAUUGAGGGCGAGAACGACUUUUCUGGCAAGCGAUAUGUCUGGCUUAAGGACCCUCAAGAAGCUUUCGUGAAAGGUUGGGUCAUUGAGGAAUUAGAGGAUAACAAAAUCUUGGUGCAAACCGACAGUGGAGCUCAACGCGAAGUUGAUGCCGAGAGCGUUGAUAAAGUGAACCCCGCCAAAUUCGACAAGGCAAACGAUAUGGCCGAGUUGACCCAUUUGAAUGAGGCGUCGGUCGUUCACAACCUACACACGCGAUACCAAUCGGACCUGAUCUACACUUAUUCAGGCCUAUUUCUUGUUACCGUCAAUCCAUACUGCCCUUUGCCGAUUUACUCCAACGAUUAUAUCAACAUGUAUAAAGGUCGAAGUCGAGACGAUACGAAGCCUCACAUCUUUGCCAUGGCUGAUGAGGCGUUCCGUAAUCUGGUCGAAGAAGGUCACAAUCAGAGUAUUCUAGUCACUGGUGAAUCUGGUGCGGGAAAGACAGAAAAUACCAAAAAGGUUAUUCAGUAUUUGGCGGCAGUUGCACAAUCCGAGUCUCCAAUCAAAAAUCAAUCCCAGCACACAAACCUCUCGGAACAAAUUCUUCGCGCCAACCCUAUUCUAGAAGCGUUUGGCAAUGCCCAGACGGUGAGGAACAACAACUCGUCACGAUUUGGCAAGUUUAUCCGAAUCGAGUUCAGUCGAGACGGCGCCAUUACUGGAGCGUUUAUCGACUGGUAUCUACUUGAGAAGUCCAGAGUCGUAAGGGUGAAUGCGCAGGAGAGAAAUUAUCACAUUUUUUAUCAGAUUCUGAAAGGAGCAGAUCCCAAACUUAGAAGAGAUUUGCUUUUGGAUGGACUGGAUAUCGGUGAUUUCGCCUACACUCGCAACGGACACGAUAGCGUGGCCGGAGUGUCUGACCAAGAGGAGUGGAAUGCGCUGCUGGAAGCCUUUGAAGUUAUUGGCUUCUCCAAUCAAGACCAACUGUCAAUACUUCGCACCAUUGCCGCGGUACUGCACCUGGGAAACAUUGACGUUAUCAAGGAGAGCCGGAGUGCAGACCAGGCAAGACUGGCUUCAGACGCCAAAUUACAGGCUGCCAAGGUUUGCAAGCUCCUUGGUGUGCCGCUCGACCCGUUCCUCCAAGGCCUGUUACACCCCAAGGUGAAGGCUGGACGCGAAUGGGUUGAGAAAGUUCAGACGCCCGAGCAGGUUCGACUUAGCUUGGACGCUCUCGCGAAGGGUAUAUAUGAGCGAGGAUUUAGUGACCUUGUAGCUCGAAUCAAUCGCCAACUCGACCGCACUGGCAUGGGUCUAGAAGACUCUAGAUUCAUUGGUGUUCUUGAUAUUGCUGGUUUCGAAAUCUUUGAAAAGAACAGCUUUGAGCAACUGCUUAUCAAUUAUUCCAACGAAAAGCUCCAGCAAUUCUUCAACCACCACAUGUUUGUCCUUGAACAAGAGGAGUAUGCCCGCGAGCAAAUCGAGUGGCAAUUCAUUGAUUUUGGUCGGGAUUUACAACCAACUAUCGAUUUGAUUGAGCUGCCAAAUCCAAUAGGAAUUUUCUCUUGCCUGGACGAAGACUGCGUCAUGCCCAAAGCCACCGAUAAGUCUUUCACGGAGAAGCUUAACCACUUAUGGGACAAAAAGUCUACAAAAUACCGUCCCUCUCGGCUGGGCCAGGGCUUCAUCCUCACUCACUAUGCAGCUGAGGUCGAGUACUCCACCGAGGACUGGCUGGAAAAGAACAAAGAUCCUCUAAACAACAACAUCACGCGCUUGUUGGCAGCUUCGACUGAUCAGCAUAUUGCAAAUCUUUUUGUAGACUGUGCUGAUUCCGACGAUGAUCACGGUGGACGGAGGAGCCGUGUCAAGAAGGGCCUAUUCCGAACCGUGGCCCAGAGGCAUAAAGAACAACUUCACAACUUGAUGUCUCAGCUUCAGUCUACACACCCUCACUUCGUUCGCUGUAUCCUGCCCAACUACAAAAAGCGACCGAAGCUGUUUGACAAACUGCUGGUUUUGGACCAGCUCAGAUGUAAUGGUGUUUUGGAAGGUAUUCGAAUUGCACGAACCGGCUUCCCCAAUAGAUUGCCCUUUACCGAAUUCCGCCAGCGAUACGAAGUGCUUUGUCCUGAUAUACCAAAGGGUCAUCCAGAUGGCCAAGUUGUGGCCUCUCUUAUGCUUGAGAGGCUCGGUCUUGACAAGGCUAUGUACCGUGUUGGUCUCACAAAGGUCUUCUUCCGAGCCGGCCUUCUAGCAGAAUUGGAAGAGCAGCGUGAUGCUCUCAUUACUCAGAUCAUGGCUCGAUUCCAAUCGGUAGCCAGGGGAUACAUUCGCCGCCGCGCAGCCCAUAAACGGCUGUUCCGUACCGAGGCCACUCGAAUUAUCCAAAGGAACUUCCAGGUAUAUCUCGAUCUCGUCGGAAAUCCAUGGUGGCAGCUCAUUGUAAAGAUGAGACCUCUCCUCGGCGCCACUAGAACUGCAGCUGAAGUGAAGAAACGAGAUGCCAUGAUUAAAGACCUAAGUGAGAAGAUGCGUCUUGAGCUAGAAAGUCGCCAGAAACUAGAGGACGAAAGGAGGAACUGUCAAGCUGAGAUUGCUCGCAUCCAGAAAACUCUGGAGAGCGAACGCGCCCUUGCUUUGGACAAGGAAGAGAUUUUCAUGCGACUUCAAGAUCGUGAAGACGAGUUGGAAGAGAAGCUAGCAGGCGCACUCGAAGAUCAAGAAAGACUAGAAGACCAGCUGGACAACCUGAUGGAGGCAAAGAACCGAGCAGAGCAAGAAGUUGAGAAAUAUCGCGCGCAGCUUGAACAGGCGGCUUCCCUCAUCUCUAGGCUCGAAGAGGAAAAGACACGCUUGUCAGCCAAAGCAGCGGAACUCGAGGCGGCCAUCAAUGAUCUAUCUCGGAGACAGUCUGAACAUACCGACAAAGAAACCGCUAUGGAAGGCGAGAUCAAGAUGCUUCAAAGUCAAUUGGCUCUCAAAGAUCGAAAAGCCAAGGAUUUGGAAGAUAAAUUACUCAAGCUGGACCAAGAUCUCGAAGUCAAGCUAUUCACUGCGCAGAAAGAUCUCGAUGCAGCCAAAGUGCGAGAGGUUCGACUGGCUCGAGAGAACCAAGAAGUGCACGAGCAACUGGCGGAGCUUUCGAAGACAUCAACAGACUACGAAGAUCUUGUCCGAUCCAAGGAAAGCGAGCUGGCAUUGCUGCGCGAUGAUAAGCGGCAGUCGGAGGCGGAGCGCCGAAGCCUCGAAGAGCAAAAGAGGGCUCUUACGGAAGACAUGGAGAAGAAUGCUGCCAGAUUCCGCGAUGUUCAAGCUGAAUUGGUGGCGCUGAAAUCCAAGCAAGUACAGCUAGAACGCGAGGCUCAGGAUGCCAAAGUUUUGCUUGAAGCUCGGCUGUCUGAGGAUGCACAGGCUGAGAAGAACCGCAAAGUUCUUGAGUCUCAGAUCAAAGAUCUCCAGGACGAGCUCUAUGGGACGCAAAUGGAACUCAGCAGAGAGCGGCAGUCUCGAGAUGACGUUUUACUGCUCGGAGAGCACAAGUACCAGGCACUCAAGGAUGAGUUUGAUCGUUUGAAUGACGCAAAGAUCAUCAUCGAGAAGGAAAUGUAUGUCCAGCAAGAUACCUUGAGGCGAACAAUGGAGGCGCGAACCUUGGUCGAAAAGGAGCGGGACGAGGCCAGAGACGAGAUCCGAAAGCUUCGUGUAGCCAAAACAGAAGCCGAAGAGGCUCGUUUACAGGCGGAGAUGGCUGGUGAACGCCAAGCUUCGAAGGCGGCACGCGAAAGGGAAGCUAGCCUUCGAAAAGAUCUUGAAGCCGCCCAAGAGCGUCUCCAAUGGUUUGAAGAGGAAUGCAACAAACUGAAUCGCCAAGUUGAGGAGCUCAACAAGCUCAUCCUCACAUCUGGAGAAUUUGGGUUGAAAAAUGAUCAGGCAAAGGAGAGGAUGGAACGUGAGCUCAACACAAUAAAGAGCCGGCUUGCAGCGUCAGAAAACGACAACAAAACUUUACUCAAUAAGCUGCAGCAAAAAGGCCUCGAAAUUGCUAGAUCCAGCUCUCGCGCAACAGAGGCCUCUCGGAGCCAGCUUCUGUCCCUUCGUGGAGAAAAGACCAAGCUAGAAGACCAAAACGCAAAACUGAACAAACAGUUAGGCGAUGCUCAGCUCAACGUUGCAACUUUGGAGAAGAAGCUAGAGAAACUUCACCUCAACCUAGAAGAUCUUAAUCAUGAGGUUGCGAGGGAGGCAAAAGCUAAAGCGAAUCGACUGGUUGAGUCGGAGCGGCAAUUGCGAAACCAAACACAGUCUACGAUGCUCAAGGCACUCAAAAUGGUUGACCCCGAGGUCCAAGUCCCCCAGACGAAUUCCAGUAGCGAGAAGGCUUUGCUCAAGAACUUUGACCUUGUUCGUAUGGUUGAGGAACUACAGCAGAAAUUGCGAGUCCAAACCGUAGCCAGGACGAACGCGGAAAGCCAGCUGAACGAGAUGAGGGCAUUGAGAAAUGAGAGCCCGACCCGACCAGGACUUGGAGAGUUGCAUCCAAAUGAGGCGCCUUUCCAAGGGUCACCUGGGGUGAAGAAGUCUGGCAAAGCAGGCCUGCAUUCUAAUUCAAAUGGCGUGGGCGCCGGCCGGCGCUUCCAUGACCCCAAUUCUCAGGAUCAUUCUCAGUCUGACAGAGGCUUUGGCGCAUCUGAUAUCAGGAAUGGCUUUGAACUAAAAGCAGAAAUCGAGGACCUCCAGAGUCAGCUACAGCUUGCUCAGAUGCAGAACCGAAAACUCCAGAGCCAGCUCGACCGGAACUCUUCAUCUGAUGAUGCAUACGAAGACGAGGCAUCAAUCCUGCGAGUGCAGAAGCUUGAAAAGGCUAACAAUCGCCUUCACGACAUGCUGGACGAUUCGACUAAGAAAGUGGCUGCUUUGGAGAAGAGUAUGCGAGCUGGUGAGCUCUCUCUGCGGGAUAUUCAAACACGCUCUCAUGAGGAGCUUUUGGAUAUCUUCAAUAGCCAAGAAGAAGCACGCAAGUCUCUUUUGCAUAGCCACAAAGAUGCAGUUGCCGAACUCACUGAAGUGAAGGCUCAUUUCGACAAGAUGCGCCAUGAUCGGGCGAAGCUGGAAGUCGAACUCCGGGAUUCAAAGUCUGACCUUCAGGAGAUGACUGCCGCACGCGAGCAGGAGGCUCAAAGCCGAAGCCAAUUAUUGCAAGAAUUCACCGAUCUUCAGAUUAGACUCGAUGCAGAGACAUCCAGGCUUGCCGACGUAUCCUCUAGCCUAGAGAUGUACAGGGGCCGAGCGGAUGAGUACUUUAGCAAGCUUGAGCAGGCCGAAAUCGCAGUUUUGAAAGCGACGAGAGCUGAGCAGUUUGCCAAGUCGCAGGCCAAGGAGGCAGAAGAAACGUACGCUGAAGUCAUGUCUGAGAGGCAGAGGAUGGAUGCUCUGAUUGAGGAUCUGCAAGGCCAAAACCAUCGCCUUGAGGGCCGGGUGGAGGACCUGUCAACCGACUUGGACGCCGCAACGCAAGCCAGAAGGCGUCUUCAACAUGAGUUGGAAGAUUACCGCAAUCAAAGGGCCAUGGAGAUUGAAGACAAGGAGUCGAGCAUGGAGCAAACUCGCAAGAAGUAUCAAACCGAAUUUGCUACCCUGGCCAAGGAGCUCGACCUUGCUCGAGAAGAGAAGCUGUUCAAGCAAGCGGAGAUUACUAGGCUUCGGGAAGAACUUGAUGAGCUUAGGUCGAAGUGGGAUGAUGAGGUGCUAAACAGCUCAACAUGGUCCAAGGAAAAGGCUCGAUUGGAAUCUACAUUGGUCGACGUGGCCUCGUCGCGUGAUGAGGCCGUCACCGCGCAUAACGAGGCUCAAAGCAAGAUUGUUUCCCUGCUAUCUCAAGUGAGAACUCUUCGAUCUAGUGUGGACGAGAUCACCACGGAGCGCGACCUCCUUAUCAGGGAGAAGAAGGGCGUCGAAGCUCGUCUCGAAGAAGCCAAGGCAGGUUACGAUGAGCUUGUCAAGGGUGGAAGUCCAUCACUCCGUGACGCUGCAGGCAUGGACAAGGAAAUCCUAAACUUGAAGACCAGCCUUGCCCGACAAGAGGACAUUGCUCUCGCCGCAGUGGAGAAGAUGCGACGCGCCGAGGCACUGGCCAUUGAGAUUCAGAAAGAUGUGGCAGCUGAGCGUGAGAAUGCUGCGGGCUUACAGAAACAGAAGACGUCUCUAGAGAAGAGCUUGAGCGAAGCACAACUGAAACUGAUAGACCUUGAAACUAAGGGCUAUUCGAGUGGUAGCCAGGACAUUAAAUUUUUGCACAAACGCAUCCAAGAGCUUGAAUCGCAAUUGGAUAGCCACGAAGAAGAAAAGAACAAGUCCCAGCGCUCUGUUCGCAACGUGGAUCGUACUGUGAAGGAUCUACAGACGCAGAUUGAGCGUAAGGAUAAGCAAAACCUCCAGCUUACUGAUGAUGUGAACCGCAUGCGCGACAGGGUCGACAAGCUUCUCAAGACAAUCGAUGAGCUGCAAGCGUCAGAGUCGACGAACCAGCUCUCGGCUCGUCGUGCCGAGCGUGAAUUGCGCGAAGAGAAGGAGAAGUGUCACCGCCUGGAGCGAGAGCUGGAGGGGUGGAAGGGCCUUCGUAUGGAGAAGGGCUCAGCACCCGUGGGAAGUGUCCGAGGCCGAGGCGUCACCUGGAGGACUGGUAGCGAAGGUGAGGAUUCGACACUCAUUGAUGUUCCCCAAAGAAACAGCAGCCUAAACAGAGCUCCUAGUAUGACCAAGGGCUUUCUGUAA